UUCCCAGUCGCUGCUGUGGCCGCGGGCAGGUGGGGCUACGGGUGAAGAAACCAAGACGCAGAGAGACCAAGCCCUUUCCCUUGGGUCACACAACCACAGAAGGCAGAGCCAGAACUCACAACCAGAUCCAGAAGCAACAGGGACAUGGCCACCUGGGACGAAAAGGCAGUCACCCGCAGGGCCAAGGUGGCUCCCGCCAAGAGGAUGAGCAAGCUCUUAAGGCACUUCACGGUCGUGGGGGACGACUACCAGGCCUGGAACAUCAACUACAAGAAAUGGGAGAAUGAAGAGGACGAGGAGGAGGAAGAGCAGCCGCCACCCACACCAGCCUCAGGCGAGGAAGGCAGAGCUGCAGCCCCUGACACUGCCCCCGGCCCCGCGCCCAGGACCCCCCUUGACUUCAGGGGCACGUUGAGGAAACUGUUCAGCUCCCACAGGUUUCAGGUCAUCAUCAUCUGCUUAGUGGUUCUGGACGCCCUCCUGGUGCUUGCUGAGCUCAUCCUGGACCUGACGAUCACCCAGCCUCACAAGAAUAACAAUGCCACCAGGGUGGCGACUGGCCAUUCUUCUGUGGUCUUUCAGGUGUUCCACUACAUGAGCAUCGCCAUCUUGGGCUUUUUUAUGAUGGAGAUUAUCUUUAAAUUAUAUGUCUUCCGCCUGGAGUUCUUUCACCAUAAGUUUGAGAUCCUGGAUGCUGUCGUGGUGGUGGUCUCAUUCGUCCUCGACAUUGUCCUCCUGUUCCGGGAGCAUGACUUUGAGGCUCUUGGCCUGCUGAUUCUGCUCCGGCUGUGGCGGGUGGCCCGGAUCAUCAACGGUACGUCUCCUGCACUCCCAGGCUGUGGAUGGAGAGCGAGGCUCAGGCAUGCACCCAAGGCCUGGAUGCACAGUCACUCUGGGCGCCUGAGUUCACAGUGGCUCCCAUUAUGGAGGCCUCCUCUCUGCCCCUCCUCUCCUCCCUCUCCUACUUUCUUCCUCUUCAGCCCUUUAGGAGCUGGUAUGAGCAGGUUUACAUCAAGCAAUUAAAGCAAAUAAAACGAAACAGGUUGGGCGCAGUGGUUCAUGCCUAUAAUCCCAGCACUUUGGGAGGCAGAGGCAGGAG